AUGACAACAAUGGGCGCCAAACGUGAUAUUAUUAACAUUCCCUACUCAGGAUACAUCCCUGGUGGGAUCAGUGUUGGCACUGAUGUUGUCAUCUCAGGCAGGCCCAAUCCUGACUUCACCAGAUUCUCCAUCAACCUGUGUGCCGGCCCGACCCAUGAUUCGGACACAGCCUUGCACUUUAACCCCAGGUUCAAUGAGGGAAAAGUGGUCAGGAAUCACAAGCAGGGAGGAAGCUGGGGGAUGGAGGAGACCAGUGGGGGCAUGCCCUUCCGCAGGGGCCAUAACUUUGAAUUUCAUAUGAAAGUUGAGGCUCAGUGUUAUAAGAUCACGAUAAACAACAAGCAUUUCUGUAACUUCCAUCACAGAAUCCCCAAAGAAAAAGUUCAGUAUUUGUACAUUGAAGGUGAUGUGACCAUCAGUUUCAUACAGUUCCGUGGACAAGGAGGG